AUGAGUUCAUCAAAACCUUCUUCUCUUCCUCAUGAAAUUUAUUUGUCAAUAUUCUCACAUCUAUCUAUCCCAGAUCUUCUUUCUGCUUCACAAGUAAAUCAAAAUUGGCAUAAAUCUUCUCUCUCAAUUCUCUAUGCCAACCUUCAUAUUAAUUCUAAAACUCAAUUAUCUAUAUUUCAUAAAUAUUCACUUUUACAACGUCAUAAUGGAUUAAUUCGUUCCAUUACUUUAUGUAGAAUUAAUCUUGACGUACAAGAUAAAUUAACUUUGUCAAAUGAGUGCAAAGAUUUAAUUUCCAUUAAGUUGAUAAAAUGUUCAAAUUUAACUGCGGAAUUUUUAAAGGACUUAGCAAGAAGUAAUGCAAAAUCCCUAGAAAAAUUAUAUUUUACUGAAUGUUUUAGUCUUUCCGCAUUUGGAAUAGCAGAAUUAUUUUCACCUUCAUCUCAACAUUUACCAAAAUUUCAUACCCUUAUACUUCAAUAUAACCCUGAAUAUGAAUUAGAUUUAGAAUUUUUCGAGUUCAUGGCUAAUAAUUUCAAGUCUCAAGUAUUUAAAAUAAUUAUUUUAAAUUCAAAAAGGUUUGAUUCAAAGAAUAGAAAAAUCUUGCAAACAUUUGCUAGAGUAAGUAAAGAUUUAGAUGUAUUAGAAACGAAAAAAGAUAAUAUACAGGCAAUAAAACGUGAAAGAGAAAUGACUGAUGAUGAAAUUUUAAGAAUGAUUGAAGAUUAG